AUGGAGACGCACGCGGCCGCUUACAACGGCACCUCCCCGGAGCUCAACCUGUCCCGCACGCUCCCCGGCAGCGUCCUGGCAAACCAGACGGGCGAGCUCUCCGAGCACCAGCAAUACGUGAUCGGGCUUUUCCUGUCCUGCCUGUACACCAUCUUCCUCUUCCCCAUCGGCUUCGUGGGGAACAUCCUGAUACUGGUGGUGAACAUCAGCUUCCGGGAGAAGAUGACCAUCCCCGACUUGUACUUCAUCAACCUGGCGGCGGCCGACCUCAUCCUGGUGGCCGACUCCCUGAUCGAGGUGUUCAACCUGGACGAGCAGUACUACGACAUCGCCGUGCUGUGUACCUUCAUGUCCCUCUUCCUGCAGAUCAACAUGUACAGCAGCAUCUUCUUCCUCACGUGGAUGAGCUUCGACCGGUACCUCGCCCUGGCCAAGGCCAUGCGCUCCGGCCCGUUCCGCACCAAGCACCACGCCAGGCUGAGCUGCGGCCUCAUCUGGAUGGCCUCCGUCUCCGCCACGCUGGUGCCCUUCACCGCGGUGCACCUGCAGCACACGGAGGAGGUCUGCUUCUGCUUCGCGGACGUCAAGGAGAUCCAGUGGCUCGAGGUCACCCUGGGCUUCAUCAUCCCCUUCGCCAUCAUCGGCCUGUGCUACUCGCUCAUCGUCCGGGUUCUCGUCAAGGCUCACAGGCACCGAGGCCUGCGCCCCCGGAGGCAGAAAGCCCUCCGCAUGAUCUUCGCCGUGGUCCUCGUCUUCUUCAUCUGCUGGCUGCCCGAGAACGUGUUCAUCAGCGUUCACCUGCUGCAGCGCACGCAGCCGGGAGCCGCUCCCUGCCAGCAGUCUUUCCGCCACGCCUACCCCCUGACCGGCCACAUUGUCAACCUCGCGGCUUUCUCCAACAGCUGCCUGAACCCCCUCAUCUACAGCUUCCUGGGGGAGACCUUCAGGGACAAACUGAGGCUGUACAUCGAGCAGAAAACCAGCGUGUCGGCCCUGAACCGCUUCUGCCACGCUGCCCUGAAGGCGGUCAUCCCGGAGAGCACCGAGCAGUCCGACGUGAAGUUCAGCAGCGCGGUGUAG